AAGAAAAGUCACACUUCAGGGGCCAAGAGCGGCGCCAUUCAGUAUCAAACCUGCGGACUGCCUGCAGAAACAGAUCAGAUAUGCAGCACCGGUGGAGGUAGUGCCAUACUCGCAGUGACUCAUUCGUGCGCAAUGACAAUAAACACACGGCUUGAUUUGAAUGUCAGCAAAUCAAACCUACUCCAACAAAAGGAAGGUCACCUUGCGUAAGGGUCCAGCAGUGAUUGAAGCUCGGGUCUAUUUUUUCUUCCUCUGCUGCUCGGAGUGUUGCCUCAGAGCGCAGCCGUUUCUCCUUCAGGACUUAAUUUGGUGGUAAAUUCACUUUUUCUGGACUGCACCUGUUCACCUGGAGACACGUAAUCCCGUGAGACUUUCGUAUUGGAUGGUAUAAAGACAGCUUUUUGGGGGCAUUAUAGAAAAAACAAAAGUCCCAGGCUUUUUGAGGUGAGGACUUUGGCUCUGAUGGCGGCGUCUGCACCCUCCUCCUCUGCCGGCGAGUCGGAUCCCAACUCGACAAAUUUACGACCACCGGGCACAAGCUAUGAUGCUUGGUGUGGAGUUGCCCAUGGAUGUACUAGAAAAUUGGGAAUGAAGAUAUGUGGGUUUUUGCAGAAGAACAACAGUCUGGAGGAGAGGGGCAGAAUGGGGAGCUCCUUCAAAGAGCGAGCAAGCAAGAACCUGCUGUCCUGCGAUAACACCGGAGGAGACGCGCACUUCAGACGCACGGAGAACGACUUCUCCAACAUGUACGCCAGAGAUCUGUUGCCGGCCAAAAAUGGAGAGGAGCCCACCAUGCAGUUCUUGCUGGAGGUUGUGGAAAUCCUUACCACCUACGUAAGGAAGACCUUUGACAGAUCCACCAAGGUCCUGGACUUCCACCACCCCCACCAGCUGCUGGAGGGCAUGGAGGGCUUCAACCUGGAGCUCUCUGACCAGCCCGAGUCCCUGGAGCAGAUCCUGGUGGACUGCAGGGACACCUUGAAGUACGGAGUGAGAACAGGUCACCCUAGGUUCUUCAACCAGCUCUCCACUGGAUUAGACAUCGUAGGGUUGGCAGGAGAGUGGCUUACCUCCACAGCCAACACCAACAUGUUUACCUACGAGAUCGCCCCUGUCUUUGUGCUCAUGGAGCAGCUGACUCUGAAAAAGAUGAGAGAGAUGGUCGGCUGGCCGAAUGGAGAGGGCGAUGGGAUAUUUUCUCCAGGAGGAGCAAUCUCCAACAUGUACAGUGUGAUGAUUGCAAGAUACAAAUACUUCCCUGAAGUCAAGACCAAAGGCAUGUCAGCUGCCCCAAGGCUGGUCCUCUUCACCUCAGAGCACAGCCACUAUUCCAUCAAGAAGGCCUGUGCAGCUCUGGGCUUCGGGACAGAGAACCUGAUCCUUCUGAGCACAGAUGAGAGAGGGCGAGUCAUUCCUGCCGAUCUGGAAGCAAAAGUAAUAGAGGCCAAGCAGAAGGGCUGUGUGCCGAUGUUUGUGAAUGCCACUGCUGGUACCACCGUCUACGGAGCCUUUGAUCCCAUCAAUGAAAUUGCAGACAUCUGUGAAAAGUACAACAUGUGGCUUCACGUGGACGGUGCAUGGGGAGGAGGUCUGCUGAUGUCCAGGAAACACAGACACAAGCUGAAUGGAGUGGAGAGGGCCAACUCAGUCACCUGGAACCCCCAUAAAAUGAUGGGUGUGCCGCUGCAGUGCUCUGCCGUUCUGGUCAGAGAGAAGGGAUUAUUACAAGGCUGCAACUCCAUGUGUGCUGGUUACCUCUUCCAGCCAGAUAAACAGUACGAUACUUCAUACGACACGGGCGACAAGGCCAUUCAGUGUGGGCGGCAUGUGGAUAUCUUCAAGUUCUGGCUCAUGUGGAAGGCAAAGGGAACUGUGGGAUUUGAGCAGCAUAUUGACAAGUGCCUGGAUCUGUCAGCGUACCUCUACGAUAAAAUAAAAAACAGAGAGGGCUACGAGUUGGUGUCCGAAGGAGAGCCGCAGCACACUAAUGUGUGUUUCUGGUAUAUUCCGCCGGGCCUGCGCGGCCUGCCUGAUGGCCAGGAGAGGCAAGAGAGGUUGCACAAGGUGGCCCCAAAGAUCAAAGCGAUGAUGAUGGAGUCUGGGACUACGAUGGUGGGUUACCAGCCUCAAGGAGACAAGGUCAACUUUUUCCGCAUGGUGAUCUCAAACCACGCCGCUACCAGGUCAGACAUCGACUUCCUGAUCGAGGAGAUCGAGCGACUCGGGCUCGACUUGUAAGACCGACACAUAAACUCCUUUUUCCGCCACAUGUUUCCGACCGGAGAGCGUUGAGCUUGGCUUCAUGUCCCUUCUGUCUCAUAAAGACGUUGACAUUUUUGCUUACAGAUCUUCUCUGGCAAUGCACAAGAAAUAAUAAGCCCUGUGUGUUCUCUGUCUCUUUUGUCAAUGACACAUAUUCAAAACAUUUGCACAAAAGGAUAUCUGAGAAAAGAAACUCCAAACGGUGAGAGAAUCACAAAAGUUCACUGUAUUCUUGGUAAUCCAUAUGUUACGUCGAAUUAAACGUAUAUAAAACUAUAGAUUCAGUUAAGAUUAAAAUCAUGUAAAAAUGAAAUAUCAAGAAUAUUAGAGCACUUAGGUGAUUCUUUCUAUAGCAGCUAUUCAAAAGUUAUUUUACUGUGUACUAUAGAAAGGUCAGUAUUAAAAACAGAAUGAAAUCAAAAUAUUUUUUCACAGGUACCAGAGCACAAUGUAGGGAACCUAAAAGCAUUUCCAUUAACAGUAUUAGUGUAAGAUAUACAUAUAUACUGAAUAUGGUGUACUGACUGAUACUCCAUGUUGUCUGUGUAAUUUCUCAAGCCAGAUGCCUCGCCACAUUGUACCCUAGCUAUUAUUUCCCUUUUAUAUUACAUAGAUGGGAAUAUAUAACACAGUCAUUGUACUUGAUCGCUGUGUUUUUAGAGAUUUUUGUGUAGAUUGUGUAUAGUAUUGUUACAUUGCCUUUGUGCCAAAUGUGUCCUAGUUUUACAGUGAGAAAAUCCUAUAUGUAAAUCGACCAUAUAGUAUUAUAUGUAAUAGAUAAAUACCUUUAUUUAUACCCAGAGAUUCUUAUUGUUGAUAAGUUAUCUGCUGUCUUGAUCCAUUUGUAAUGUAUCCUUCUUCCUAGUUGGAAACUCUUCUGUAUCAUAUCACAAUGUUUUGAACAACAUUGAAUUAUUUUAGUGUAUUUGUGAACCAAAGAAGGGUCGAGUUACAUUUAUGAACAUGCCCAUAAUUCUCCCUUAUGGAUGGAUUCAGAUGUUUGUAUAAGAAUACUUCACUUAUCGCCCUUAACUUUAGUGCAAUAUAUGUUGUGUAACUGUGCAAUGUCAUUGUGAUUCACUGACUGAAUGUUGUCUAGACACUCUGCUUUAUGUGGGAGGCAUGACCGGCAGUGCGGCCGCUACUGCCGGCGCUUAGUUCAGAUAGAAAGCACAAAGCUAACCCACCUUUUAUGCUACAGACAUAUGUCUGAAUUAUAAUGUGUUUAGUGGAAUAUGCAACAUUUUGUUUGUCUUAACACGCUCAAUAGGCACACUUUUAUGUUGAGAAAAACAACUCGGGAUUAUUUAUCGUGAAGAGUUUAGCUUGAACAAUAACAUGCCCAGUGUUUGCUACUGUGAUAAGAUUUAUUGAACAAUUGUACAUUCCUGAAUUAGUGGGAUGAAAUAUCCCUUGUUUAAUUCUAUGUAGGCACUUUAACUUCAUGCCAUCAUUUGCAGAGUAUUAUUGUUGUAUCCACAGCGCUAAUAAAAACAUGAGCUGUAAAACUUC